AUGCCAGCCCCCGAUAACAUCUACGAGAACGAUGUGGAUUUCACAAUUCUGGCAUUGCAAUAUCCCGACUUUGCCAAAAGGCUGAAACCCAACCGCCAACUCGACUUCUCCGAUCCAGAGAGCGUCAGACAAUUAACCAAAUGCCUCCUCCAUCGAGACUUCGAUCUCAGCAUCGACUUGCCCGAAGACAGGUUGUGCCCGCCUGUCCCGAACCGUUUCAACUAUAUUCUCUUCAUCCAGAGUCUGCUGGACAGCACCUCUCCCUCUUUCCAUCAAGGAUUCGAUCCCGAGAGGCAGGUGAUUGGACUGGACAUUGGCACGGGGGCAUCUGCAAUCUACCCACUCCUUGCUUGUCGGCAACGCUCGCAAUGGCGCUUCCUGGCAACAGAGAUCGACGAGAAGAACCGUGAGUACGCACAGAGAAAUAUCCUCGCCAAUAAGCUGCAGGCACGCAUUAGAUUGAUCGAUACGGAUGACAAGGGAGACCGGUUGAUCCCUACGGGCCAGCUUCAGAAGUUUGAUCGGAUCGACAUCCUCCUCACCAACCCGCCGUUCUACCCUUCGACGCAAUCGCUCCUGGACUCGGCUCAUCAAAAGUCCCGUCCCCCAAACUCAAGCUGCACCGGCUCAGCGGUUGAAAUGAUCACCCCCGGCGGCGAAAUCGGUUUCGUCUCCAAAAUCAUAGCCGAAUCGCUCCUUCCCGCGAACCAGAGGAAGAUCCAGUGGUUCAGCGCCAUGCUGGGCAAGUUGUCGAGUGUGGGCGCCGUCGUAGAGCGUCUUCGCGAGAGCGGGAGCGGGAACUACACCGUGGCCGAGUUCAUCCAGGGGCAGAGGACGAGGAGGUGGUGUGUCGCAUGGAGCUGGAUGGGCUACAGACCUGCCAUCGACGUGGCGAGGUCAGUGGGCAGCGGGAGCGGUGUCGAGAGGAAGCUCUUACCCGCCGUCACGGAGAUGGAGUUUGAGACUGAGCUGCCUGCUGGCGGUGGCUGCGGCGGCGGCGGCGGCGGUGGUCUAGGCAGCGUGCUAGACAAGGUCUGCUCGCAGAUCCAGAGCCUGGACGGCGAAGGCGUGCACUGGAAGGUCGAUUGCGCUAGGGGAGUCGGCAUGUUCAUGUCCAGGCACGGAGACGUGUGGAGUCGCAAGGCGAGGAGGCGGAAAAGAGCCGAAUCUGAACGUGAAUCUGGACACGAGCACGAACAUGAGUCUCGUGAGAACCGGAUCGGAAAUGAGAAGACAAAAACAGACGCAGACGCUGAAAUGGAAGAUGAAAACGACCACGACACCGGCUCGGCAGAUGAAGAACCCGAACCCGAACCCGAACCCGACCUCGUCGUGAGAAUCUCCAUCACUCCCUCCCCUGGAUCUGCUGCUGGUGGUUCCGCCCCUCUAUAUCGCCCUUCUCAACACCCCCAUCCCCCUUCCACCCGCAGCGCCAGAACAAGCAGCACGUGCCAGCCCAAAACUGACACCGACAUGGACAUGGACAUGGACAUUCACGAGCACGGCUACACGCACGUAUAUAUCCACAUGCGCCACCUCCAAGGCCACGACCCGGUCCUCUUCGAGAGUUUCUGCGGCUGGCUAAAGCGGAGAGUCACGUCGCCAGCCCCGGUCCCGGUCCCGGCCCGGUGGUAG